CUCAGGCGAUGGCGUUUUACAACGAAGUCGAUGCUGCUUCAGUGGCCUCACCCGUGCCGUGCGGUUCGUGGGUUUGGAUUCCCACAGGGGCCAGUGUCACUUUCACGUCGCCUAAUUACCCCAACGACUAUACCUGGACGAAGUGUUACUGGAAGUUUUACGCUAACUCCUCUGACGCCCGGAUUGAGAUCGACUGCUCAGACUUCCAGCUGCAGGAUCGCUUUUUAGGAUUGUGUCUCAGUGAUGUACUCAUUAUCGAGGCCGGACUGUUCAAUUGCAAAAGCUUCUGUGGCAUCGAAGGACCGCAAUCGGAGCUCGUGAAUUCCCAGUGGGCUAGCGUCAAGUUCAAGGCAGAUCUUUUCACUCACUAUAGAGGGUUCACCUGUACAGCCACUGCUGUUGGAGAGGGCAAGAUACCAGUGAUCAACCGAACGAUACCAGUGGCCGUCACAACCACACCCCCAGUGGACAUCACAACCACACCCCCAGUGGACAUCACAACCACACCCCCAGUGGACAUCACAACUACACCCCCAGUGGACAUCACAACCACACCCCCAGUGGACAUCACAACUACACCCCAGCCCUGAAUCCCUGUCCACAACCAUAUCACUGCGCCAAAGAGUUACAGUCAGGCACAAGUCGUUACUAACAUUUAAGAACUUGGAAAGAGAUAUGGUAAUUAAAACGUGACAGGCA